AUGUCGGCGCCGUCUGUCUCAGCGCCGAAGCGGCAUGGCUGGUAUCACGGCCGCCGCAGCCGCCGCAGGACGCCGGGCUGCGCACGUCGACCGCAUGGUCCACCCCAACCUGACGGGGUUCAACGGCUUCCCCGGCCGCGAGCCGCCGGCGCAGCAACAGCCGGACCGGCCUGCGAAUGCCGAGUCGCUCCGGCGUCUCGAGGCUCUCGUGGCCGUCGCCACCAGCGAGGGGUCGACCGCCACGGCCUACUAGGCGCCCCGGCGCUCCUCUCCUCGUUCCCCGGCGUCGGCCGCCAUGCCCA